AUGGAGAGCCUAAUACGGGGAAGGCAUCCCCCACAAUAUCAGCGAAGUCCCUAUAAGGAGGCUCGUGCGGCACUGCGGAAGAGGCCUGAAGAGGAGUUGCAGUGCCUGGAGAUGACCACCAAACGGAAGCUCAUUGGCCGCCUGGUGCCGUGCCGCUGCUUCCGCGGCGAGGAAGAGAUCAUCUCAGUGCUGGAUUACUCCCACUGCAGCCUGCAGCAGGUGCCGAAGGAGGUCUUCAACUUCGAACGCACGCUAGAGGAGCUCUAUCUGGAUGCCAAUCAGAUUGAGGAGCUGCCCAAGCAAUUGUUUAACUGCCAAGCUCUGCGGAAACUAAGCAUCCCUGAUAAUGACCUCUCAAGUCUGCCGACCUCUAUCGCUAGCCUAGUUAAUCUGAAGGAACUCGACAUCAGUAAAAACGGUGUACAAGAAUUUCCAGAAAACAUAAAGUGCUGUAAGUGUUUAACCAUUAUUGAAGCCAGUGUCAAUCCCAUUUCUAAACUACCCGAUGGCUUCACACAGCUUCUUAACCUGACCCAGCUCUACCUGAAUGAUGCCUUCCUUGAAUUUCUUCCAGCCAACUUUGGAAGACUUGUCAAAUUGCGAAUUUUGGAGCUAAGAGAAAAUCACUUGAAAACUCUACCAAAGUCAAUGCACAAACUGGCCCAGCUGGAGAGACUUGACCUAGGCAAUAAUGAAUUCAGCGAGCUGCCUGAAGUUCUGGAUCAAAUACAGAAUUUAAGGGAGCUAUGGAUGGAUAACAAUGCAUUGCAAGUGCUGCCUGGGUCUAUAGGGAAGUUAAAGAUGUUGGUAUACCUGGAUAUGUCAAAAAACAGGAUAGAAACGGUUGACAUGGAUAUUUCCGGAUGUGAAGCCCUUGAGGACCUCUUACUAUCCUCCAAUAUGUUACAACAGCUGCCUGACUCCAUAGGACUGCUGAAAAAGCUAACAACUCUAAAAGUAGAUGACAAUCAACUCACAAUGCUACCCAAUACAAUCGGAAACUUGUCUUUGUUAGAAGAAUUUGACUGCAGCUGCAAUGAGCUGGAAUCUCUUCCUUCCACCAUUGGGUACCUGCACAGCCUGCGAACCUUAGCAGUCGAUGAGAAUUUCCUCCCAGAGUUGCCCAGAGAAAUUGGCAGCUGUAAGAAUGUCACCGUUAUGUCUCUGCGCUCCAAUAAGCUAGAAUUUCUUCCUGAAGAAAUUGGGCAGAUGCAGAGGCUGCGAGUCUUAAAUCUAAGUGAUAACAGGUUGAAGAAUUUACCGUUCUCAUUCACCAAACUCAAAGAGCUUGCAGCAUUGUGGCUUUCUGACAAUCAGUCCAAGGCCCUUAUACCUCUACAAACAGAAGCCCACCCGGAAACCAAGCAAAGGGUACUGACCAACUACAUGUUUCCCCAACAACCCCGCGGUGAUGAAGAUUUCCAGUCAGACAGCGACAGCUUCAACCCCACCCUGUGGGAGGAGCAGAGACAACAGCGCAUGACUGUUGCCUUUGAAUUUGAGGAUAAGAAAGAAGAAGACGAAAGUGCUGGGAAAGUUAAGGCUCUCUCCUGCCAAGCCCCCUGGGACAGGGGCCAGCGUGGGAUUACUCUCCAACCUGCCAGGCUGUCUGGCGAUUGCUGCACACCAUGGGCCAGGUGUGAUCAGCAGAUCCAAGAUAUGCCCGUCCCCCAGAGUGACCCCCAGCUGGCAUGGGGUUGUAUAAGUGGCCUCCAGCAGGAGAGGAGCAUGUGUGCUCCCUUGCCAGUGGCAGCACAGUCCACCACUCUUCCCUCUCUAAGUGGCAGACAGGUUGAAAUAAACCUAAAACGCUAUCCAACUCCUUACCCAGAGGAUUUAAAGAAUAUGGUAAAAUCUGUUCAAAAUCUGGUGGGUAAGCCAAGCCACGGAGUGCGAGUUGAGAACUCAAAUCCAACAGCUAACACGGAGCAAACUGUGAAAGAAAAGUUUGAGCACAAGUGGCCGGUGGCCCCAAAGGAGAUUACAGUGGAGGAUUCUUUUGUUCAUCCAGCUAAUGAAAUGAGGAUUGGGGAACUUCACCCUUCAUUAGCUGAGACCCCUCUGUACCCACCCAAACUUGUUCUGCUAGGGAAGGACAAAAAAGAAUCAACUGAUGAGUCUGAAGUUGACAAAACUCACUGUCUGAAUAACAGUGUCUCCUCAGGCACCUACUCAGACUACUCGCCCUCCCAGGCUUCCUCGGGGUCCUCAAACACCCGCGUGAAAGUGGGGUCCUUGCAGCCAACCGCUAAAGAUGCCGUCCAUAACUCUUUGUGGGGUAACAGGAUUGCACCACCUUUCCCACAGCCUCUGGAUGCAAAGCCAUUACUCAGCCAACGGGAGGCUGUUCCUCCAGGGAAUCUCCCCCAGCGUCCUGACAGGCUGCCAAUGAGUGAUGCCUUCCCUGACAACUGGACCGAUGGCUCCCAUUACGACAACACAGGUUUUGUCUCAGAGGAAGCUGCCGCCGAGAACGCCAACAAUAACCCUCUCUUAAGCGCCAAGGCUAGAAGCAUGCCUGCUCACGGGCGCAGGCCUUUAAUCAGGCAGGAAAGGAUUGUCGGCGUUCCCCUGGAACUGGAACAGUCCAUACACCGACACACGCCAGAAACAGAAGUGCCUCCUUCCAACCCCUGGCAGAACUGGACCAGAACUCCCAGUCCAUUUGAAGACAGGACUGCUUUUCCUUCCAAAUUAGAAACAACCCCUACUACCAGCCCCUUACCUGAAAGAAAAGAUCACAUGAAGGAGCCUACAGAGACACCAAGUCCCUUUUCUCCAGGAGUGCCGUGGGAGUACCAUGACCCCACGCCCAACAGGAGUCUCGGUAAUGUCUUUUCUCAAAUCCACUGCCGCCCAGAUUCAUCAAAAGGUGUUAUUGCGAUGAGCAAAAGCACGGAGAGGCUCUCCCCACUCAUGAAAGAUAUAAAGUCCAACAAAUUCAAAAAGUCUCAGAGUAUUGAUGAGAUUGACAUUGGAACCUACAAGGUUUAUAACAUUCCGCUAGAAAACUAUGCCUCUGGGAGUGAUCACUUAGGAAGCCACGAGCGGCCAGACAAGUUGUUGGGACCAGAGCACGGCAUGUCCAGUAUGUCCAGGAGCCAGUCGGUACCCAUGCUGGACGACGAGAUGCUCAUGUAUGGAAGUAGUAAAGGGCCACCCCAACAAAAAGCAUCUAUGACGAAGAAGGUCUAUCAGUUUGACCAAAGCUUCAAUCCGCAAGGAGCAGUGGAAGUUAAAGCAGAGAAGAGGAUUCCGCCCCCUUUUGCACACAAUUCUGAGUAUGUGCAGCAGCCCAGCAAAAACAUCGCCAAGGAUCUGGUCAGCCCCAGAGCCUAUAGAGGGUACCCACCCAUGGAACAGAUGUUCUCCUUUUCCCAGCCGUCUGUGAAUGAGGAUGCCAUAGUGAAUGCUCAGUUUGCCAGCCAGGGGCCCAGGGCAGGCUUCCUAAGGAGGGCUGACUCCCUGGCCAGCUCCACUGAAAUGGCCAUGUUCAGAAGAGUCAGCGAGCCCCAUGAGCUGCCCCCUGGUGACAGGUAUGGCCGAGCAGCCUAUAGGGGAGGGCUGGAAGGCCAGAGCAGUGUUUCAAUGACUGAUCCCCAAUUCCUCAAGAGGAAUGGCAGGUACGAAGAUGAACACCCUUCAUAUCAAGAAGUGAAAACGCAGGCGGGAAGUUUCCCCGCUAAAAACCUUACCCAGAGGAGGCCUCUGUCCGCCAGGAGCUACAGCACAGAGAGUUACGGAGCCUCCCAAACCAGGCCGGUUUCAGCUAGGCCUACCAUGGCAGCCCUCCUGGAAAAAAUACCAUCUGACUAUAACCUGGGUAACUAUGGUGACAAGCCGUCAGAUAACAGUGAUAUAAAGACAAGGCCCACCCCUGUGAAGGGAGAGGAGAGCUGUGGCAAAAUGCCGGCAGACUGGAGACAGCAGCUGCUUAGACAUAUAGAAGCUAGAAGGUUAGACAGGAGCGCUGCUUACAAACACAACACAGUUAACCUUGGCAUGCUGCCCUAUGGAGGUAUUUCAGCAAUGCAUGCAGGCAGAAGCAUGACUUUAAACUUGCAGACUAAGUCUAAAUUUGACCUUCAAGACCCACCUCUUCAGAAAACCCCGUCCCAGCAAAGCAACAUUUUAGACAAUGGACAAGAAGAUGUCUCUCCUAGUGGCCAGUGGAAUCCUUACCCACUUGGGAGGCGGGAUGUACCUCCGGACACCAUUGCUAAAAAGGCAGGCAGCCACAUUCAGACCCUGAUGGGGUCACAGAGCCUUCAACACCGCAGUCGGGAGCAGCAGCCAUAUGAGGGGAACAUCAACAAGGUGACCAUCCAACAGUUCCAAUCACCGUUGCCCAUCCAGAUCCCUUCGUCGCAGGCCUCCCGGGGACCUCAGCCUGGACGGUGCUUAAUACAAACGAAAGGGCAGAGGAGUAUGGAUGGCUAUCCUGAGCAGUUCUGUGUGAGAAUAGAAAAGAACCCUGGACUUGGAUUUAGUAUCAGCGGUGGAAUUAGUGGGCAAGGAAAUCCUUUCAAACCUUCCGACAAGGGUAUCUUUGUUACUAGGGUUCAGCCUGAUGGACCAGCAUCCAACCUACUACAGCCCGGGGAUAAGAUCCUUCAGGCAAAUGGACACAGUUUUGUGCACAUGGAACACGAAAAAGCUGUUUUACUACUGAAGAGCUUCCAGAAUACAGUAGACCUAGUUAUUCAACGUGAGCUCACUGUCUAAAUGUUUUUAUAAAUAGUGAAGAUAUGUCAGGCCAGAGCUAAUGUUCAAAAAUAAAUUUAUACAUAGAAACCAAUUUUGCCAGUUGCUGGACCAAUGGCAAACAUCAGUGCCAGGUGUAUAA